ACGACGACGAGUCGAGGCCUCUCCUCGGCGACGAUGCAUCACGGGAGCAGCAGCAGCAGCAGCCGUGGUACAAGAGAGCAGCUGCAUCCAUGACCGCCGCUCUGGGGCCACUCGCCGAACCAGAGAAGCUCAACAUCACCGAGAGACUUUUACUCGCCGUCGCAGUCAUCUUCCUGCUCCUCGCUGCCAUCUUCAUUGGCCUCUUUGCUGGAGCACAGAGCCGCCUCAAUGAAGGUACCCGUCCAGGAGGCCCCCUUCCUCCUCACGACGGCGACGGCAAUCACGGCGGGGGCGACGGUCAAGUCUGCCAAUCCAAGGACUGCGUUCUGACUUCCGCGUACAUCCUACAGAGCAUCGACGACACCGUCAGCCCGUGUGACGACUUUUACCGCUUCGCCGUUGGAUCGUGGCUUGGUGCUCCUGAGCAUCAGAUCCCCGCCGAUGCUGGCUCUUAUGGGGCAGGAGCAGCAGUCACUGAGCGCAACUCUCGAAUCAUCCGUGAUAUCAUUCAGAAGGCACCCACCAAGGAAGAAGCAGAGGCCUUGCACGCACUAGGUCACCUCUCUGACGAGGAAGCUGCCGAUAAUGCCAACCUUGCUAAGCUCAAGACGUAUUACGACUCGUGCGUUGACACUAGAGCUCAGGACAAGGCUGGCGCCAAGCCUCUAAUGGACAUUGUCAAUCACAUUCGAUCGCUCCUCUACCCCAAGCAUUUCAAUGUCGAAGACGCGCGCGAGCCUCUUUUCGUUGCUCAGGGCGGCCAUCACACCGGCCCUCUGCCUCGACCACCGGGAGCGCCUACUCCACUGCCGCCUGGAAAGACGCCCGGUCGCGCACCGCAGCCUCACCCUCCCUCUCGCGAGCCAGGUCCUCCCCCCUCUCGUGGACCUCGACAGCAGCACCUCACCAAUAUGAUCGGCUGGGCCCACUCGCGUGGCAUCCCCGCUCUGUGGGACCUCGUCAUCGACGGCGACCCGAUCCGUGACCCAACCCAGGGCACCAUCUAUCUCUCGCCCGGUGGCCUUGGCCUACCAGACAAGGAGUACUACGAGGACAAGAGAGAGAUCAAGUUUUACCGCAACGUAGUAGCGCAAGCUUUGUCAGCGGUCGCUGAUGAGGACCAUCACAAGCACGAGGACGGUACAGUCACCUUCCGCAAGAGCCACAAGCGCCUUGCACGCGCCGUCGUCGAUCUUGAGCGCGAGAUCGCCCGCUUCACGCCGGACGGCGACGUCCUCGCCGACCCCGUCGCGACCUACAACCCCGUCUCUGUCAACAAGCUCGAGCACUAUCUCGACUCGGUCAACUGGCCAGACUACUUCUCUUCCUUGAUGGUCCGCGUCCCACAAAAGGUCAUUGUAACUGCUCCCGACACCUUCAAGCGAAUGAGCGAGCUCGUCUCUCGCACACACGACGACGUCAUUGAGGCCUACUUGAUCUGGACAGCUGUGCGCACUUUCGGCCUCGACUUGGGACCAAAUGUGCCACUUCGAGCCCCGGCAGACGCCCUCUCUCGACGAGCGAAGGGCGUGGCCCCCGAUGCGAAAGAGGACAGGGAAAAGGUCUGUCUUGGUGCCCUUGACGAGGCGCUCGGUUUCAUGGCUGGCCGCUACUUCGUCCGUGCAGCAUUCCCACCCGCAGCGAGGGACAAGGCGAAGUCCAUCAUCGAGUCGAUCAUCUCGGCUUUCAAGGCUCGCCUGCCAGAGCUCGACUGGCUCGACGCUGAGACGCGCAAGGCUGCAGAGGUGAAAGCGGACAAUGUCUUUGUCAAAGUGGGCUGGCCAGACUCGCCUAACACGACGGAUGCUGCAGCAAUCCAGCGUUACUAUUCAAAUCUGGAUGUCAAGGGCGGGGACUACUUUGGUAACCAGCUGCGCAGCUCUACUCUGUCCACUCGUCGCUACGUCAACCAAGCGAGCAGGAAACUUGACCCCUUGCGAUGGGACAUGACUGCUCAGGAGGUCAAUGCCUACUUCAACCCGACGGAGAACACCAUCGUCUUUCCGGCGGGCAUCCUUCAGCCACCUUACUUCGACUACCGCUGGCCCGCAUACCUGCAAUAUGGCGCCUUCGGCGUGGUCUCGGGGCACGAGCUUUCCCACUCAUUUGACCCCACGGGGAGACUGUACGAUGAGAAGGGCUACCUGCGCGACUGGUGGACGAACACAACGGCCAAGGAGUUCAAGAAGAGGCAGGACUGCUUGGAGCAGCAGUACGGCAAUCUGACGCUGGAUGAUGGUGCUGGUCAUAAGCUGCCACUUAACCCCAAGCUGACCAUUGGAGAGGACGUGGCCGACGCGGGUGGUAUGGCUCAGAGCUUCCGGGCGUGGCAGACGCUCCUCUCCAGCAAGGAUGAUUCGGUAAACAACCAGCUCCUGCCCGGUCUCGAGGGCUACACGCGCGAGCAGCUCUUCUUCAUUGCCUACGCAAUCAGCUAUGCGCGCAACCUCCGUCCAGAGGAAGCGCUGCGUCGCAUUAGGACAGACCCGCAUUCCCCUAAUCCGUUUAGGACGAACGCGGUCGUGAGAAAUUUUGAGCCGUUUUACGAGGCGUGGGGGUGCGCGAAGGGAGAUGCGAUGUUCACGCCCGAGGAGGAGCGAUGUCACAUCUGGUAAGCUAUGGGCGAGAGUGUUUGUCUAUUUGCUCUGUGUGGAAAAUACGAUCCGUGAUGCCAUCUACUCAUGCUUGCUUGGUGAGAUAGUCGCGAAGCUGGUCCAGGGCUUUGUAACGGUGAGAGAGCUUGUUCUUCUCAUCGCUGUCCAUCUCAGCAUACGUCUUUCCCGUACCUUCAACCUCCAUGCACGGAUCCCACCCAAAUCUGUUC